AUGCUGAAGAUGAUGACGCGGAAUAUAGCUGCUUCUUAUUCUUCUUAUUGCACCAGCAGGAGAUGGAGAGGUAUGCCUUGUCUUCACUCUAACUCCACUGUUGUUGUUUUCGCCAACGAUUACUUUGCUUUCCUUCACUCUCAACCUUCUAAACCAAUCAAAUCUACAAGAACCCAACUAGAGCAGCCAGUGAGAAACUCACCCAAAAUCACAACUGUUGAGGAUGCUUUCAAUGUGUUUGAUAGAAUGCUUCAAAUGCGUCCUCCGCCUUCAGUUGUUCGUUUCAAUCAAAUAUUGGGUCAAGUUGCGAAAUUGAAACAUUAUUCUUCCGUCAUCUCCUUGUAUAACCAAAUGGAUGUGUCGGGAAUUGGACCUGAUGUUUAUACUCUAAACAUUCUCAUAAAUUGUUAUUGUCAUCUAAACCAAAUGGGGUUUAGUUUAUCUGUAUUGGGAAAAUUCUUCAAACUUGGUCUUGAACCAGAUGUCUUUACCUUCACCACUCUAAUCAACGGCUUUCUUCUUGAGAAUAGAGUGGCGGAGGCGGCAACCCUUCUCCACAAGAUGAUGAGGGGAGGUAAUUGUCAGCCUGAUGUGGUUACUUAUGGCACACUAGUAAAGGGCUUUUGCAUGAAAGGUAACAACAGUGCUGCUAUUCAGUUGCUUAGGAAGAUGGAGGAAGGAGCUUGCAAGCCUGACCUAGUUGUCUAUAACACAAUCAUCGACAGUCUUUGUAAGGAUACACUAGUUGAUGAUGCAUUGAACCUCUUCUCAGAAAUGAUGAGCAAGGGUAUUGCCCCAGAUGUCAUUACCUAUACAUCCUUGAUUCAUGGAGUUUGCAAAUUAGGCGAGUGGAAAGAAGCUACAAGGUUGUUGAAUGAAAUGGCGAGUAAAAAUAUAUUUCCAGAUGUGUUCACGUUCAGCGUAUUGAUAGACACAAUUUGUAAGGAGGGAAUGGUCGUGGAAGCAGAAGGCGUGGUUGAGAUGAUGAUUCAAAGAGAUAUUGAUCCUGAUUCGGUUACGUACAAUUCACUCAUGGAUGGUUACUGUUUGCGAGGAGAAAUAAGCAAGGCACAAAAUGUUUUUGAACUAAUGCUUAGCAAGGGCUCGAUGGUUAAUGUUGUUAGUUACAGCACAUUGAUAAAUGGAUAUUGUAAGCAUAAAAAGAUUGAUGAGGCCAUCAUGCUUUUUCUGGAUAUGUCUCAUGAGGGACUAGUUGCAGAUACUGUUACCUAUAACACUCUUCUGGAUGGUUUUGGCAAAGUGGGUAGAAUAGAUGAUGCACAAAAGUUGUUCUCUAAGAUGCAAGCUUGUGGCCAGCUUCCAGAUGCUCAAACUUAUUCUAUUUUACUUGAUGGCCUGUGUAAAAACCGACAACUUUCUAGGGCAAUGCAAUUGUUUGGAGAGAUGGAAGCUAAGAAGUUGGAUAUUAAUAUUGUGAUUUACAAUAUUCUUAUUGAAGGUUUGUGCAUAGCUGGAAAAAUUGAAUCUGCAAGGGAUCUCUUUUGUGGUUUAUCAUCAAAAGGACUUCAACCUAAUGUGAGGACAUACAAUAUAAUGAUUAGUGGACUCUGUUUCGCGGGCCUAACAAGUGAAGCAGAAAAUUUGCUUAUCCAAAUGGAAGAGAAAGGCUGUUCUCCUGAUGGUUGGACCUAUAACACAAUUAUCCGAGGGUUCAUCCAUAAUAAACAGACAUCAGGGGCGAUGGUACUUAUUCAAACAAUGGUAGAGAAGGGUUUUUCUGCAGAUGCAUCAACAAUGGAGUUGAUAGUUAAUUUACUGUCGAAAGAUGAAGUAGAUCCUGCUUUGUUGGCGUUGAUAAAAAAUCACUGUGAAAUUAAUGUGCAUUUGUGGACAAUGAAAUUUGGAACUGCUGCACCUUCAACAGCCAUAAAGGGAUUACAGUGGUUGUGCAUAUGGCAGGAGGUGAAAAUGCCUUCUCACUUGCAUCCUUAA